AUGGAUUUAGCGGAUGAUGAAGAGAUUGCAACGGAUCGGAUAAGCGAUUUACCGGAUGAAAUUAUUAGCCAAAAGUUGUUGUUGUCCAAAAGUUUGUUGUCCAAAAGUUGGAGGCUUCAAUGGACAGGAGUCGCCAGCUUUCACAUUGAAAGUCAGUGGUGGCUGGAUUUUGUGGAUUUUGUGGCUUUUGUGGACCGGUUGAUGCUUUUUAAACGAUCGACCAUCAACGAGUUUCGUCUAAAAUGGGAGGAUACAAGGCCGACGCCGACAAUAGGAAUCAUAUGGGUUCCCCGAUGGCUCGCUUUAAGUCCAAAUCUUGUGGUUGUUGAUGUGGGUCUUUUUAGCCAAUACGAAAAUUCCUAUUUAGCUCGCACAAUGUCGAUUGACUUACCAGAUCAACUUUUUACUUGUAAGACUCUAGAAAUUCUAAAACUAAGAGGGCCUUUCCUCGUCAAAGUUCCAUCCCAGGAGGUGGAGGUUUGUCUUCCCAAACUCAGUGUUUUGGAACUGAACUCGGUUCACUUUAAGUCCCGAGGAGGAAAGUCUCUCCGUAUGCUCUUGCGCGGUUGCCCCGUGCUCAAAUCUUUCAGAUUUGAAAGGAAGCACCGGUUUCCCUCGAUACAUUGGUGGAUUUCUUCCGCUUCGUUGAAACAUCUUGAGAUCUAUCUCUAUAAUGAUGAGGAUGAUAUCAUGAGAAUCUUUGCACCUCACGUCAAUAACCACCACUGCAAGCUGCUAAUUGAUACGCCUGCACUUGAAAAACUCAUUUUAACUGAUCAGUUGUCCGCAAAAAUCUCAAUAAGCGGAGGCUCCAAUCUCAACGAAGCGGAACUUGAUAUCCGAUGUGUUGAUCACUUACGGGAUACAGAUUAUCGGAACUCGAUUGUUCGUUUGAUCCAGGGUUUGAGCCAUGUCAAGAUUCUUAGAUUAUCAGACAAAACUAAGCAAAUUCUUAGCAGUUCCACCUGCCAACAAUUGUAAACUUUGAGGAGAUGAUGAUAUUUUGAGUGCGCG